AAGCUAAUGGAAUAUUUCUUGAACAGCAUCCUUCCUACUGCCUUCAUGGGCACCGCCAUGAUCUUCACCUGCUUCACCCUGAGUGCUCUCUAUGCAAGGCGCCGGAGCUACCUCUUUCUGGGAGGUAUUUUGAUGUCAGCCAUGAGCCUGAUGGUUUUGUCUUCCCUGGGGAACCUUUUCUUUGGAUCUAUUUGGCUUUUCCAGGCAAACCUGUAUAUGGGACUGGUUGUCAUGUGUGGCUUUGUCCUUUUUGAUACUCAACUCAUUAUUGAAAAGGCUGAAAAUGGAGAUAAGGACUACAUCUGGCACUGCGUUGAUCUCUUCUUAGAUUUUGUUACUCUCUUCCGAAAACUCAUGAUGAUCUUGGCUAUGAAUGAGAAGGUCAGUCAGCCUACACCCCACAGGUGGAAGGAUGGCUUCUGGUCAGCAUCUGUUUAUGCGUCAGAUUUGCCAUGUUAUUCAGAUACUCAUUAUAGUGUAAUGCAGGCCAAUGAGCAAGAGGUAAACCAGAAGCUUCAGCUGAUGGAGAAAAAGGAGCAAGUAAAAGCUAGCUGUCUCCCUUUUUUUUUUCUUAACUAAUCUCAAAAACUAGUA